AUGGUCACCGCACACGAGCAGCUCGAUUGGUCUACUGAUCUCACUGAUUCAGUUUGGUUUCAUAUUGGUAAUUAUUUAAGUAUCAAUGAUAUUGAUCGUUUAAGUCGAACAUGCUUGCAUUUACAUACACUUUUCACUAGUAAUGAUUUUUGGUCGUAUCUUAUUCGAGUAAAAUUUGGUACAGCUGUAUGGCGUCGGUUUGUUAAAGACUUAUCUAUUUUAUCUAACGAGACCAGUGAACUUGCUUCAUCGGCUGAUGCUAUGACAUGUCGUUCGAAAUUGAUCUAUUCCCAAUUAAAUAAACGUCAACGUAUAUCAUUUGCCGAUUUCAAUAAAGUUUAUUUUGAUAACAAUCGAAAUUACACAACUUUUACUGAUGCCUCAGGUCUCAACGGUGAAGUGCUCUAUGUACAUGACUCAAUUGAAUUUUGUUAUUCACUUCUUAUUGAAACAACAUUUAAAAAUAUUCUUCCCGGGCGAUACGAUGUUAUUUGUCGUAUGAAACUUGAUUUACCCUAUAUGCUAGGUGAUACAGAAUUUGUUGCCAUUGCCGAACAAACAGAUCCCAGUGAAAUAGCAUUUACCCGAUGGACACAAGAGGAUUUUCUAUCGAUGUAUCGAUGUUUUAAUUGCGAUUUAUCAAAAGCAAAUUUAUGGUUCUAUCAAAGAAUAGGUAUUGUUGAAAUUCAUGGCAAUGAACGACGCAAUAUUUAUGUAUCAAUAUCGAACCAAGAUCCAACUCAUGCAAAACAUGGUCUUUAUUUGGAUUAUGUUGAAUUAAAACUUCGAUCAGAUUAG